CACUAUCUACUGGGCCUACGUACUGUAUUUGUAGGGCAUCGGGGGAAGCCCGAAUACUCUCCAGAAUAGGGGUUCAGGUAUCGGGUGAUUUAAUUACGAUCAUCCCGAUGCCAAUCCACCCCGAGUCCCAAAUGGAGAAUCCGACGGGUCGCCUGGGAAAAUCCCAAUUUCCUGGGCCUAAAGUGCCCGUAUUCCCCAGGCUCCUGCAUCUUUCUCCAACAGUCUGACAGGUAAUGAUCUCACACCCGCCAGGUACGACGACGUCCUCCCCGAGCUCACCUUAGCUAUCUCCUCACUCCUACAACUAUCCACCAACCCAAAAAACUAUCUACCACUCGUUGAAAUCACUUGAAAUCGCCAUGUCACCCACUGGCAAAGGCAUCGGCGCCGCCCCGAAGAUCGACGGCUCAGACCUCCGCAUCGGCAUCGUGCACGCACGCUGGAAUGAGCAGAUCAUCGAGCCACUCCUCGAGGGCGCACGCAAGGAGCUCCUCGCCGCCGGUGUGAAGCCCGCGAACAUCGUCGUGCAAUCCGUGCCCGGCUCCUGGGAGCUACCCAUCGCCGUGCGCGGGAUGUACACUGCCUCCCAAAUCCAAGCUACUCAAUCCUCGACCUCCUCCGCCGGAGACCUCCUCGGCUCAACCUCCGACCUCGCAUCCGACGCAGCCGCGACCCACACUCCCCCCUUCGACGCACUGAUCGCUAUCGGCGUGCUGAUCAAGGGCGAGACGAUGCACUUCGAGUACAUCUCCGACGCGGUGUCGACGGGCCUGAUGCGCGUGCAGCUCGAUGCCGGGGUGCCGCUUAUCUUUGGGCUGCUGACGGUGCUGAGUGAGCAGCAGGCGCUGGUCAGGGCUGGGCUUGGAGGGGGGGAGAAGGGCGCGAAGGGGUAUGCGGCGCAUAACCAUGGGGAGGAUUGGGGGAGGGCCGCGGUGGAGUUGGGGCAGCGGAGGAGGGAGUGGGGGGAGGGGAAGAUUCUUUAG